AUCACAAUGAUAUUGUGGUUUUGACAAGGAGUAUAAAAAUCCGAGGCAGUUGUUGAUCCAGUUUAGAUCUGAUUUAGAUUAAGGACGCUCAUUCAUCUUCUUUAUUCAAGAUUACUCAACAACAAAAAUGGAGUUGCCUCAUCUAGGACAACACUGCAAUGAAUCUACAUGCAAACAGUUGGAUUUUUUGCCCAUGACAUGUGAUGCUUGUUCUAAAAUUUUUUGUCGUGACCACAUAAUGUACAAAAGCCACAAAUGUCCGGAAUCGUACAAAAAAGACAACCAAAUCCCAGUUUGUCCAUUGUGCAACCUCCCCUGCCCAGUUAAAAAAGGAGAACUGCCUGACAGUGUGGUGGAGAGACAUAUAGAAUCUGACUGCCAGUCUGAUCCAGCAAAGGAAAGACGCAAGGUGUAUACAAACAAAUGCUCGAAAAAGGGAUGCAAGCAAAAAGAGCUUGUCCCUGUCAAGUGUGAGACAUGUCGACAAAAUUUCUGCCUGCGACACAGACAUGAACAAGAUCACAGUUGUCAGGGGUAUCAAAACACAGGCAAGGCAGUCAGCAAUUCAGGGGCAGCAGCAAUUCUCAGGUCUCAGCAAGCAGCUAAAAGCCAGCCAGUAUCUAAACCUCAAGCUUCAAGUAGUAGCAAUAAAAAUUCUAACAAUCCAAGGCAGCGAGCUAACCCACAGACAAAUGUGUCCUCUAUUCAAGGGACUAUGACUGAAGAUGAAGCCUUAGCCAGAGCAAUACAGAUGUCUAUGAAUGGAUCUGGCAGUGGAGCUGCCAGUAACUUAGAUGGAAUGACAGAUGAAGAGAGAGAGGAUUUUCUUUUGGCUCAAGCUUUGGCAGCCAGUGAGCAGGAAGCCUUACACCAACGCUCACAGCAAAGUGUGAGGGCCUAGAUGCAUGUUUGUUGUGGCAUGAAAUUUUGUUUGGUUUUGUGAGGAGAGAAUACAAAGGACUGAGACGAGGGUUGUUGAUCGUUGCGCUGUACAGUAGAGAUGCAAAGUUUUAUUAGGUCGUCAUCUGCUUGUUCAACACAGUUGAGCCCAAAACAUUUUUGCUGUGAAUAUUCUUUCUCUGGGUCAGUGGGAUGUUGUUCAUCCAUUGUGAUAACCAUUUUCAUGUUAUAUUUGCACUACCAAAAAUAUUUCAUUAGCCAUAAUAUGAAUGUGUAACUUAAUUUUUGGCUGUUCUGUUAAGCAUUCCACACUCAUUCCUCAGUGGUAACAUAUAGGGCUGUGUUGUGUCGAAAUAUUUUAUUAAGUUACAUACCGGUAUGUGCAAUAAUUAUAUCUAGGUGUAUUUUAAAUAUGAAAUUAUUAUUAACUUAAAUACCAUGUGUCUUAUUCAGCAAAUGUUCUACUUGGCACAUGAAAUGUAUCUUAUACUAUUUAUAGAGUCAAUGGUAUAAUCGACACAUGAUAAGACAAACCAUAGUUUCAUCUUGCUACUUUGGCAUGGGUCAAAGGUGCUAAAAGAUUCACUCCAUAAAAGCAUGUCAUUGGUUGUUUUUAAAAAUUAUUUUUGCCCACCAUUUGGUUUUUUUAAAAAAAGUUAUAUUUUCCCCUUAAAAAUUGUAGCUGAGCUUAAUAAUAGCAUGACAAGAUUAAGUAUUAAGUGUCUCUUUUUAAACCUAUCUAUUGUAGAAGAUGUGAUUAGGUUGGGUGUAUUGUAACAUUUUGAAUAUAUGAAUCAUUUUAAUAAACCACCAUGUAGUAUCUCAUCAAACAUAUUUAGUCCAGUUACUAUCACCUGCUUCCAGAUUAAAAGUGUAAAUAUUCCUCUUUUUUUUUAUUCAACCCAAAUCCCUUACAGAUCAAACAGAUGAAAUCUACUUCAUCUGCUCUGUUGACUGUCAGGUCUGAAAUUGUACUUAACUACUUACAUCACUGUUUUUAUUAACUGUAAGCCUCUAAAUUAAAUUAUCCUUAAUCUUAAAACAAGAGCUAUCACCUAUUUGUAACUUAAUGCAUUGAAAACUACCCAGUAAACUAAUUUGGUGCACAGUUAUGAGUGUGUGAAAUGCCUUCUUUGUUAAGAACAUUUGUGAAUACACUAGAUGAUUGAAACCACAAGUUACUAGUUUCCCCAACUAAAGAGCAGCUGAUUUAGCUAUCCGAUAAUAAAUAUUGUUCCACCAUUAAAAAAAACUAAAUAUAUUUUCUUCUCAUUACCUGACUUUUCUAUUGACUAGUUUAUUUUAUUACUGCGCAUUGAAAAAUGUUCUUUCUUUUUUUGGCUUAGAUCAAAUUUUAUUGUGCAUGUUGAAACAUUAGUAGUCAGUUCACAUUAUGUUGCAUUUGAAGUUAAGAUUGAACAUUUUUAUAGUUUUUAACUAAUGAACUUUUUUAUACCCGUUAAAAUUAAUUUCAAUUGAUUUUUCCAUUAGUCAUGUAUAAAAAGUUUGAAAACACAGAAUUGAUAUUUUAGUUUUACAUUUUUAAGAAUAAGCAGUAUACCUGUGUAAACUUAUCACACACACUUAAAUUUAUGUCACCUGUUUGAAGUAUUUUUAUAGAUGAGUUUUUUAUAGUUUUAGAAAUCAUUUUACUUUGUGGUAAUUAUGAUGUGCUGUAAAUGACAGAUCAAUUUUUAGUUAGAAAUAUUUACUAUGUUGUAUUCAUUAUGUGCUAUCAUUUUCUCGAGAUGAGAUAGUGUGUGAUUUUACCAGACUCAAUUGUGCCUUAAGAUAAAUUGCUUUUUAAUACCCUCAUAGUAUUUGCUGACAGCUUGGUUUGGUUUUUUAAAUCAUUAUAUUACAUAAGCCUGCAUUUCAAAAUUAUCUUUUCUCUUCUUAAAUGUGAGCUUUCCAUUUUAUAACACAGAGUGAUAACUGUUUAUAGGAAACAUUUAGCAAUGAACUUUUGGUCCAUUGCUUGUGGUUUUAGAAAUUUGUUGUAGGACUAUACAUCUCUACUCAAAAUCGAGAGGCUAAUUUCACCUGUUGAUAAAAGACUAAAGAAAAUUUUUUUUAUCCCCAAUGUGAACAAUUUUUAGUUCAUCCAGUGGCCUCACUAGGUCGGGUGUCACCCAACCCCCUUCAACAUUUUACAUUUUUGGUUUAUCACCCAGCCCCCUAUUAUUUUAUAAUUUUAACUGGAUAAAACAUUGUUUUGACCAUUUUUACCAUAAGUGUUUACGAUAUUUUUUCAAUUUGGUGUCACUUUCUAAAAGGGGCCAUUAGGCUCCACCCCCACUCCCCAUCCUUGUAAUGCCACUGAGUUCAUCUUAACAGCCUUCUUUGUCAUCAGAUGUGUUAAACUGCUUGAGUUUUGUUCCCUUAUAAAACUUUCAUUUGGUUACUUCCUGAUCCAACUUUUAAAUGGGAGAUGAUAAAAAACAGACAAUAUAUUAACAUUACAACCCCAUGGGUUUUAUCAGCUAACUUUUUUUUGCUAUGUAUGUACAAGGGAAAAUAAUUGUAUUUUAAAGUAUUAUUUCUUAGAACAGCAUAAGCAUGCAUUUAUUAAUAAAUACUGAUACAUUUUAACCAAAUAAAAUUCUUAUUGAAAUA